UAAUGAUUUCCGUACAAUUUAUGAUUUAAUUGUUAUUAUUAAAAUUCUAAAAAGUUUUGUUUUCGUUUGAUUUUUUCAUUUUUGUCUUCAUGGAUUUUGUAAAUAAUAUGUACUUAUAAUUUGUAUUAAAUAUACCUCAAAUUGCUUGAUGAGUAGUGGAGAUUUGUGAUGUAAAUUAUAAAACCGACAAAUAAAAAUGUCUUCGAAAAGCGAAUUGAAAAAGUUGUCCGAAGAGAGUUUAACUAGGCAACCCGAAGAAGUGUUUGAUAUUAUAUGUAAACUUGGAGAAGGAUCAUAUGGAAGUGUUUAUAAAGCUCUACAUAAGGAAUCUGGUCAAGUCUUAGCUAUUAAACAAGUGCCAGUUGAUACAGACCUUCAGGAGAUAAUAAAAGAAAUUUCAAUAAUGCAACAAUGUGAUAGUCCUUAUGUUGUCAAAUAUUAUGGAUCAUAUUUUAAAAAUACUGAUCUAUGGAUUGUAAUGGAAUAUUGUGGUGCUGGGUCAGUAUCGGACAUCAUGAGGUUGCGAAAAAAAACUCUGUCAGAAGAUGAAAUAGCAACCAUAUUAUCAGAUACGCUUAAAGGAUUAGAAUAUUUACAUUUACGGAGAAAAAUACAUCGAGACAUUAAAGCUGGAAAUAUUUUGUUAAAUUCUGAAGGCCAUGCCAAACUGGCUGAUUUUGGAGUAGCCGGACAAUUGACUGACACUAUGGCCAAAAGAAACACUGUUAUAGGAACUCCAUUUUGGAUGGCACCAGAAGUUAUCCAAGAAAUAGGUUAUGAUUGUGUUGCUGAUAUGUGGAGUUUAGGAAUAACUGCGUUGGAAAUGGCAGAAGGAAAACCACCUUAUGGAGAUAUUCAUCCAAUGCGUGCCAUAUUUAUGAUACCGACCAAACCACCUCCAUCGUUUCGAGAACCUGAUAAGUGGUCACCUGAAUUUAUUGAUUUUGUUAGUCAGUGUUUAGUUAAAAAUCCUGAAGAAAGAGCAACCGCUUCUAAAAUGUUGGAACAUGAAUUUAUAGGAAAUGGUAAACCACCAGAAAUUUUAAGUCAAAUGAUAGCUGAAGCUAGAGAAAUUAGAGAAAAUCAAAAUCUUCGCUCAAAUACAUUAUCUUGUGUAAUAACUUCUACGGAACCUAAAGAUCAAAAUUUAAAAGAUGAUGACAUUGAUAGUCGUACAAUGAUAGUAGAUGAAGGUACCCUUGUACCAGAUAAAUCAAAGGGUACAAGUUUAAAAAGUAAUUCAUUAAUUGAAGAAUUACGAACAAUGGUUAUCAAUAGUGACGGAGAAGAUGACUCUACAAUGAAAAGGCAUGAUACUGGUCCAGAAGAGUCAGGAAAAAAGUACAGACCUUUAUUUUUGGAUCAUUUUGAUAAGAAAAUAGCAGAAAAGUCAAAAGCUGACAAUUUAGUAGAAAAUAAAUUAUUUAAUGAGAUUUCUAGUUCUGCACAAGAUUCAACUCAGACCAUAGACCCUGAUAAAACAAUAUCGUCCAAUCAAUUUCCUAUGCCAUCAAAUAAUUGUAGACCUGAUGCAAAUGUACAAGCCGUGGCCCAACAAAAUCGAUACUACUCGCCAAUUGUUGAAGGAGAUUUUGAAUUCUUAAAAUUUUUAAGUUUUGAUGACUUACAACAAAGAAUGUCAAAUUUGGAUUCUGAAAUGGAACAUGAAAUUGAUGAACUACGACAUCGGUACCAAACAAAACGCCAACCAAUAUUAGACGCAAUGGAUCAAAAACGAAAAAGGCAACAGAACUUUUGACGUGUUUUAUUAAUUAUUGCAACUACAACGAACUCAUUUUCAAACAUUAAAACAAUUAUAAUUUAACUAAAGACUUUACACUAGUAAGGUGCUAUUAUUAUUGCUUGUUAAUACUAAGACAGGUGUAACAUAGAUACACAUUUUCUCAUAACUUCUAUGGUUGACAACAUAAAAGUAUGUAUGUAAAUUUGUAUCGUUUUAAUAGCUUUAAAAAAAAAUCUAAGUCAUUUUUACUGUUUUUAGUAUUAUUAUUAUUGGCAAUAAUUUAUUGAGUUAUUAAAAUUCUUUUAAGUAUCAGUUGUACCUAAAUUAUCUAUAUUUUGAAUGUGAUUUUUCUUGAUAAAAGUUUUAACUUCUUUACACUUUUUCAAUAAUCAAAAUAUAAUUUAAUAAUUCAUGUUAUACAUUGGAAGUUAUAUUUUUUUAA